AAAGGUUCCCUCUGAUUCUCCGCCCAGCUCCACUCUCACUCUGUGUCUGAGAGGGGCCUGUUGUACACGGGAACGAAGAGAGCAGGACCUGCGACAGUCGGCGGUGAUUGAGUGGCGGACCGAAUUCGGCUGGAGGCGGUGAUUGAGUGGCGGACCGGUUUUCCGGUUUGGUGAAGGUGGCGGCUUGGUUUUGAUUCUUUUUGUGUGGGGUUUGGAGCGCGGUUUGUUUGUGGUGGGGGGCGGUAAUUGAUAAUUUUUUUGUUUCUGUAUUCAGUUUUAUCGCCUCGCAUUUCCAGCGAAAAUUAUAACAUUUAACAAACAACUUGGCCAACAGCGCGCGUGCGCAGUGAAUCCAUUCGGAGGUGAAACGCUCACCAUACCCUCGCAGUUAUGGCCAAUUUGGGUUCGAGCAGCCAGGCAGUGACGGAAUACACAGUCCGUGUUCCCAAGAACAACACCAAGAAACAUAACAUCAUGGCCUUCAAUGCUGCCGAUAAAAUCAACUUCUCCACGUGGACUCAGGCCAAAAUGGAGCGUGACCUGAGUAACAAGAAGAUUUAUCAGGAGGAGGAGCAGCCGAUGUUUGGUGCGGGCAGUGAGUUUGGCAAAAAGCUACGAGAGGAGUCAAGAAAGAAGAAGUUUGGGAUUGUUACCCGUGAGUUUAAACCAGAGGACCAGCCCUGGCUGCUGAGAGUAAAUGGGAAAUCGGGUCGGAAGUUCAAAGGUCAGAGGAAAGGUGGUGUCACUGAAAAUGCUUCCUACUACAUCUUCACGCAGUGCCCUGAUGGAGCGUUUGAAGCAUUUCCUGUUAAUGCCUGGUACAAUUUUAUCCCAGUUGCAAAACACAAGACUCUGACAGCAGAGGAGGCUGAGGAGGAGUGGGGAAGACGCAACAAAGUGGUGAACCAUUUCAGUAUCAUGCUGCAGAAAAGGUUAAAGGAUCAGGACCGGGAUGAUGGAGAGGACGAGGAAGAGAAGGUAAAGAAAGGGAAGGAGAGAAAGCGAAAAGGAAAUGACCUCCGAAUCCAUGACCUGGAAGAUGACCUGGAAGUGAGCUCUGAUGAGAACGAUGAGGACAGUGACGAAGACAGAGACAAUAAAAAAGAUCCGAAAGUUACGAAGAAAGGGCAGGCUGGAGCGAAGAAAAAGAAGAGAAAGGGUUCCGAUGAUGAGGCUGUUGAGGACAGUGAUGAUGGAGACUUCGAAGGGCAGGAAGUAGAUUAUAUUUCCGAUGAUGAAUCGAGUGACAAUAAUGAAGACGAACUGGAGAAAGGGAAAACCGAUAAGGGAGAAGAUGGGCCGAAAGGUGUUGAUGAGACUGCUGGGUCUGAGAGCAGUGAGGAGAGUGAAGAGGAGAAACAAAAUGAAGAGAAAGAUGAAGAAGAUGAUGACAAGAAAUCUACAGCCCCUGAGAAGAGGGAAAAGAAGAAAAAGGAAGACAGCAGCGACGAGUCAGAAUCCUCGGAUGAGAGUGACAUUGAGUCUGAAGCUGCAUCUGCACUUUUCAUGUCGAAAAAGAAAACGCCCCCAAAGAAAGAUUGGAAAGGAUCAAAUAACAGUUCCCGUGCGAACAGCCGCCCAGGAACACCCACGCCACAGAUCAGCACCUCUUCCACACUGAAGGCAGCUGCCAACAAAUUGGAACAAGGGAAGCGGCAGGCUAACUCUGCAGAAACUCCGGUGGCCAAGCGGCUGAGGAUGGACACGGUGACACAGUCUGCCUCCGGCAAAUCCACUCCACAACCCCAAUCCGGCAAAUCCACCCCAAGCAGUGGCGAUAUCCAGCUGACAGAGGAUGCAGUUCGACGGUAUCUCACCCGAAAACCCAUGACCACCAAGGACCUGCUGAAGAAGUUUCAAACCAAGAAGACAGGACUCAGCAGUGAGCAGACAGUCAAUGUUCUGGCACAGAUCCUGAAAAAACUCAAUCCUGAGCGGAAGAUGAUUAAUGAGAAGAUGCACUUCUUCCUGAAGGAAGGGAACUGAUGGCUGACCCUGGCUGUGUGUGAAGAAGGCCUGACCUCCCAAGAACACCCAUCACACGCUCAUAUGGAGAAUUCACAGUUUCACCACUGCCCACGUCUGACUCCCCACUUGAACCGCAGUCAAACCCAGGAAGAGCGCGAAGAAAACGGAAAAUGUCUGUGACAAGGAAAGGUGAGGAGUGGGAGGACAGGAACUGCAGACUUCGCGCCAUCCAGCUGCGUGUUCAAGAUCUGGGGCUUGGUUACCAGUCAGAUGAAAUUGUCCUCUUCAAGUACUGCAGUGGAAACUGCCCCCUGGCCAGGACCAACCAUGACCUGACCCUUUCGCUGCUGCUAAGGAAAACCGCCCUUCUGAACACGUCACAGGAGAAGAUUGUCAGUGAUCCGUGCUGCCGCCCCACUCAGUUCAAGGAUGUCACCUUUCUGGACAUUAACAAUCACUGGCACACAGUGGAAAAGCUUUCAGCCUCUGAGUGCAGCUGCAUUGGAUAACCAUUUGAGCCAGGGACAGGGGUGGGGCAGAGACAAAUAUCCCAGCACAACCUACUCAAACGGAGGCAAAACCCGAGCCAUGCUGGCGGUGGUAAUGAUGGGGGAAGACGGGUGGGGGAGAGUGGUGAUGAUAGAGAGAAAGAGAGAGAGAGAGACAGACCAAAAAAAGGGAAGAGUUUAACAACAUGCAGGCUAUAUGGUAUCGAUGAACUGGGUAAGACUCCAAAUCUCAGCUCAGGCAGGUGAAAGUUUUGGUGUUGUGGGGGAACAGGAGGAGAACAAGAAGGGAAGAAUAUGUCAGUGAUUUUGUAAGUGCUUUAGCCAUUGAAGCUCCUCAUUGUCAUUUCUUCUAGAUAUUUUUAAAUCAACUUGUUCAGAAAUGUUAUGACCCACCUCUUGAACUCAAACCUGGGCCGUCUGACCCAGUGGUAAAGACACCACCACAAGGGCCCUCCUUUCCUCCUAUGCUACUCUCUCUCUUGCUCCUUUGUUUGCUUGUGCUGGUUAUUUCACCCACCAUCUGUCCAAAGCCUCACCUCUUUUGCUCUCUCUGACUCUUGCCUCCUUUCUAGCAGUUACAUGCUAAUAUUUCAGUGCUGACAGGGUCAGCAGUGCUGCCUUUGGCAGCUAGGUAAGGUGAUAAAUUCACCAGUUUCAUCUGCUCAGAGUCUGCUUGUGGUCUUCAGUCUGUAGGAGAAUUUUCAUGACCAGUUAUACUUAUCCCAUCAAUUAGACUUUGCAAGCUUGUAACUGAGGGCAUAGUGGGUGUGUGAGAGGAGGGUUUUGGCCUUUUGAAAAUGUCUUUUGCUGAUUCCAGGUGUUCAACUGCAUGGAAACGUUGUAACAGUGAUGUGUGUAUUUACACCUAAAGCAGUUCUGAGUCUGGGUUAAAAGAUUUCUGUUUUACUAAUAGUGAUGACAGGUGCUGUUGGGACUGAUUCUUGGCGAUGGUUUGUGCAACCAAAAAUAUUUAUGUAACUAAAUUAUUUAUUUAUUUUAAAGAUUCUGCUGUUGCAAAUGCUUGGAUUUAUCUAAUGUUCAAAUAAAAAGUGAAAUGAUGU